AUGUCUUCAAAAAGUCUUCACAGCUAUCGGUGCGGCCCCACGGUGGGCGCCAAAAUGUACCUGCCUGAGGGUACUCUCAUAGUCUUCUUGGUGGUGAAGGGUCGAACGGAUGCUUCAAACAAACUCUUCAAAAGGGGGAGGUACCUGCAAAAGGCACUCCGACGCUCAAGGUUGGGUGAAAUUUUUGAACUUUCUGGUGUUGCUGUUGAGUUUCACACUGAGCGUAGUUCGUCGCGCCAGGCGCGUGGCCUCCAGGGGACUCCAUUUAGGCAAACCUGCCAGGCGCGGGCAUGGUUUGCGGGAGAUGUAGAUCCAGAGGCAACUGACCGCUGGAUAUGUGAGUUGGAGAAGAUUUUUGCCGUUCUGGGAUAUUCUCCAGAGAAGAGGUUGGUAUAUGUUGUGUAUAUGCUUGUGGGAGAGGCCAAACAUUGGUGGAAGGGCACUUAUCAGAUGCUUGUGGGGAGAGGAGUUACAAUUGACUGGGAGUGCUUUAGGACAGUGUUCAUGGAAAAGUAUUUCCCGGAGAGCGUGAGGCACGCCAAGGAGGCGGAGUUCAUGCGGUUACACCAGGGAGGGCUAUCUGUAUCGGAGUAUGCGAUGAGGUUCGAGCACUUGGCUCGUUUUUAUUCACAGGCUAUUUCUGAGGCCUGGAAGUGCAGAAAGUUUGCUGAGGGUCUGAAGUAUGAGUUGAAGAAGGUGGUGGUGCCUAUGGCCAUCACCGAGUUUCCUGCCUUAGUAGAGAAGGCGAAGAUUGUGGAGAGGUUGGAAGGGGGUAACCGUGUGAUCAGAGCUACUGAGGGACCAGCUGGGUCCAAGAGGGGAGGUGGAAGUCAGAGGAAGCCGUAUGAUAGGCCCCAGCCACAGCAAGGGGGUCCUGUCAUCAGGCAACCUGUUGAGACUACCAGAGGAGGAGGACAGGGUGGAGGUGUUGCCCUUAGGUGUUAUAGGUGUGGUGGAUCCCAUUUGAUAAGGGAUUGUCCACACACUGAGAGCAGAUGUUUUAGAUGUUAG